UAGGUACGCUUCUAAAAGUCGAGUGAAAGUUCUAUAACUAAAGGGAUUUUAGUAACUUGUGAUUAACGGAGUCUCUCGAAUUAAGUUUUCAUUGAGGAUGGAGCGAUGAAGCUGUGUCACUACGGGACGGGAUGACGUCAUGAGGCAAGAUGGCGUCAUGCCUCAAGAGGAGUCCCAACAACUCCUCGCGGCGCCACUGCCUAACAAAGGGGAGAUCAGUCCGAGGAGCAAUUUGAGUGUGACGAUCCUAGACCUGCAGGUGCCGUCCGAUGGCGAGACAGGGGACGGCAGUCAAAGGAGGGAGUCCAACAACAGCAUCAAUGACAACUGUGCACCUAGUAGUUUAGACCCGCGGACGUUGCUGCAGGAGAGAGAGUUUUUCCACAACCGCUACCUCGGUAAGGAGCAUCGCCGCGCUGGCAAGGCGACCUUCCAAGGCAAAGUGUACAACUUCCUAGAGAGGCCUACGGGGUGGAAAUGCUUCAUCUACCACUUCUCUGUGUGA